CCUUCCUGAAAGGGACCUGAGCAGAAAUUCAGGAGUUGUGCUUGUCACUGUGACAACAAUGCCGUGAGUGAGGUUGUCUGAAAUGAUUUAUUUGAUGUGGAGCAGUCUUCUUCGAUUGUUUUGGUAAAGGUCAGACAGGGUCGCGUUGAAAGCACCCUGAUUUGAAGUAACGUUACCAAAGGAGACUUGCUAAGGAAAAUCAAGAGUGGCCAAGAUUCUGAAGUGGGUGUCAAAGAACUGCCAGUCAAGAGUUGAUCUCACAAGCCAGAACAUUGUCUUAAAAAAGUAUAGCCAGUGUGCAGUUAAAUGCAGCUCAACCUCUGUGUUUGCAAAUGGCUUGCUGUCUGAAGGAUGAGCUCCUGUGUUCCAUCUGCCUGAGUAUCUACCAGGACCCUGUCAGUUUUGGCUGUGAGCACUAUUUCUGCCGAAAGUGCAUCACUGAGCACUGGAGCAGACAGGAGCCCCACGGUGUACGAGACUGUCCUGAGUGCAGGAGGACCUUCGCAGACCCUCUUCUCUCCCCAAGCCUCAAGCUGUCCAACAUCGUGGAGCGCUACUCAGCCUUCCCGCUGGACGCCAUCCUCAACGCGCAGAGGAGCUCCUAUCCCUGCAAGGACCACGAGAAGGUCAAGCUUUUCUGCCUCAGCGACAAGAGCCUGGUGUGUUUCUUCUGUGACGAGCCAGCCUUACACGAGCAGCAUCAGGUCACCACUAUUGACGAGGCCUACGAGGAGAUACAGAGGGAGAUGAAGGAGCAGCUGGCCACUCUGCAGGACAGUGAGAAGGGACACACCGAGGCCUUGCAGCUACUGCAGAGACAACUCACUGAGACCAAGUCGUCGGCCAAGGGCCUGCGUGCGACCAUCGGCGAGGCAUUUGAACGCCUGCAGCGGUUCCUGCGAGAGCGCCAGAAGGCCAUGCUGGAGGAGCUGGAGACGGACACGGCACGCACGCUCUCCGACAUCGAGCACAAGAUCCAGCGCUUCAGCCAGCAGCUGCGUGACGUCAAGGAGGGCAUCGGCAUCCUGCAGGAGCGCCUCAACGAGACGGGACGCCACGACUUCCUGGAGGGCGUGGCCCUCACCUCCGAGAGGUGCUCUGCUUACUGUCUGACUGACCUUGGAUCAGCUCUUCUUCCAAAAAGCCACAGUCCUAAACUUUUGAUAAAAGGAAAGAUACAUGAGACCAAUCUAACAUAUGAAGAUUUCCCGACCUCCAAGUACAUGGGGCCCCUGCAGUACACAAUAUGGAAGUCUCUCUUUCAGGAUAUUUCACCAGUGCCAGCAGCUUUGACCUUAGACCCCAUCACAGCCCACCAGAGACUCAUCCUAUCAGAUGACUGCACCAUCGUAGCCUAUGGUAACCUGCACCCCCAGCCCCUGCAGGACUCCCCGCGGCGCUUCGACGUGGAGGUGUCUGUGCUGGGGGCCGAGGGCUUCGGCUCCGGGGUGCACUACUGGGAGGUGAUGGUGUCAGAGAAGACCCAGUGGAUGAUCGGCGUGGCCAAUGAGACGGUCAGCCGCAAGGGCAGCAUCCAGAUCCAGCCCAGCCGCGGCUUCUACUGCGUCGUCAUGCACGACGGCAACCAGUACAGUGCUUGCACCGAGCCCUGGACCCGCCUCAACGUCAAGAGCAAGCUGGAGAAGGUGGGCGUGUACCUGGACUACCCCAAGGGCCUGCUGGUGUUCUACAAUGCUGAUGACAUGUCCUGGCUGUACACCUACAGGGAGAAGACUUUCCCGGCCAAGCUCUGCCCCUACUUCAGCCCCGGGCAGAGCCACGCCAAUGGCAAGAACGUCCAGCCGCUGAGAAUCAACACCGUGCGUCUAUAAGAGCCACACACAGGGUCACUCUACAGAUCGGCUCGCUCACCUCAACCGAUGAUGACGUAACUAAGAUCCUAAAGACGGCUCGUUUUUUUUAAAUGAUGAGGGGGGACAACGACGACGACGACGACAGGGUGUUUGACUAUGAAAUGUAAAUUUCUUUCGUUCUGGUGUUCUUUUCCGGGUCUCUGUUUUUGUCUUGCCUGUCGGUGUGGCUCCUCACUGAUCUCACCAGGGAGGGACUAUGUGGACAUUGCUGCAGCAUCAUGGUUUCAACUGGAGCACCGGUUAGCUUCUUCAGGGGUGGAAGGAGAGGGAGACCCCCGCUCCCCCAAGCCCCUCUGGGCUUUACUCUGUCUGCAUAGAUGACGUCAUCGCACCGUGGUUUAGUAGUGGGAUCUCUGUGCUGUGACUGAGGUCCACCUUGAACAGGCCCAUGGGCUCUGCUCUCCUUCCAAGGCUCCAGACUGACUGACAGACGGCUGCUCGGUCUGUCUCUCUCAGCAGCCAGACAUUUUGAAACCGGGGGCCACCUUUCUUUUAGGCUUGUUUGCGGAAUAUUUCUGACGACGCUCUGCUCCUUUUUUCUUUGGCACAGAUCUCAGUUGUGAGUGAAAACCUAUCGGUGUGGCAGUGAGUGCUGUUCCAUGUCCUCCCCGGUGAACCUGUACACUUUACUGAUGGAAUGAUGUCGCAUCCCUUGAUUCCUUUCCCUCAGGACACACGUCCAGUUUUCCACUGUCGAGUCAGUCCAAGUGCUGGACGUGGCUGAUACUCGUCAUUCGACAACGGCAGCCACGUGGUCUGUGUGCUCUAGUGAUGGUCACUCUGUGCGUGGUCACUGUUGUGGUGCUUGCUGUCCUCACCAUUCCCUCGUUUCCCUACACCUCUCUGUCUCAUUGGGGGUGCCUGGAGAGGUCGUGUGUGUGUGUGUGUUUGCGUGUGUGUGGCAUGAAAAUGUGUUUCACUGUGCGAGUGGGGACCUCUCUCCCCCCACCGGGUGGUUUCUGUUGGGUUCUUCCACUCCAGCAUGAGAGCUCUACUCUACCUGGCAUGUACCUAUGUUACAUGUUUGUUUGUUAUUUUUAGCAGGUUAGUCUCGUUUUGAGCAUUCUCUUUUGCAAGAGAGAACUGGCCAAAAUAGCAGUACCCCAAGUUGCAGUCACGUUUACAAAAUAAAACACAAAGCACUACAGUUGGAAAAGAAGUGUGGCGCAACUAGGGGUCAAAACAUUGACCGCAACCCCCCCACCACCACCUAAUUUCCCAUCAUAGUGUUUAACGUAGUUUUAAUCUCAUUUAAAGGGACGAGCUCCUGUCAUUUCAGGACCUUUUUUGAAGCUCGUCCCAAGUGAAAGGGGCAGUGAACUGGCAUACUCCCCGCCCCCCUGCCCGAUCAGAUGAUCCUAUCCAAGUCUUUACAACGUGUCAUGAUCAACGGCGUCGAAUGCCUUUUUGACAGCUCGAUGAAAAGGGAGACGGUGCCGUUUCUCGCCCCGUGGCCUCAAUAAUAUCAUUAACAACUUUUGUUGCUGCAGUAGAAGAGCCAUGCUGUUUUCUGAAACCUCCAUUGAAACUUAGAUCAAACGUCAUUGACACACAAACCUGUGGAUUCCAUCUCCCUGCCUCCUCUCUCCCUCGACAUCAUAGGUGUGAGAGGUUAAUCAGAAUAAAUGAAUCUUGACUUCUGCUGAAUUACAGUUAGCCUAUGGGGCAGAGACCACUGACAACUCGAGCAGCAUGACGCUGGAAUUAAUGAGCUCUGGAAGGUCUUUAAAUCAUUCUGUCUUUUUGUACACCAAAUGCAACAAUUUCAUAUUUUUGUUCAGUGUAUUUUAAUAACAUUAAGGAUAUGAAAAUGGCCAAAGAAAGCGAUAUUACAGUACAUUAUUAUACUGCCUUGGCCUGGACUGUUGGCAUCUUGUUGGCAAUGUUCCAUUUAGUUCCAUAAGGCUGUUGCAGUGUAAACAUAACACACCAAUAUAUAUUCUCUGAGGCCCAGGUAUGUGUUUGCUUCUCUGCCCCAUAUGCACCAAGAGCUCUUGUUAUUUCCUGGUUUAAGAUGAGAGCUCUUGUCUCUUAACCAAGUCCAGCAUUGAGAGAGCCUAGAGCCAGGGGGCGGGCUGUCUGUAUGUUAGUGUGUGCUCAUGUUGCUGGGAUAUAUGCAGUUUCUUCAGAAAGUAUUCAUGCCCAUUGACAUAUUCCACAUUUUGUGUUAGUCUGAAUUAAAAAAAAAAAAAAAAAGUUUAAAGUUUUCCCUCACGAUCUACACACAAUACUCCAUAAUGACAAAGUGAAAACGUGUUUUUAGAAAUGUUUGCAAAUUUAAUGAAAAUGAAAUAGUCUGAAUUUACGUAAAUAUUUACACCUGAGUCAACGACAGUUGAAGUCGGAAGUUUACAUACACCUUAGCCAAAUACCUUUAAACUCAGUUUUUCACAAUUCCUGACAUUCAAUGCUAGUAAAAAAAAAAGUCUCUGUCUUAGGUCAGUUAGGAUCACCACUUAUUUCAAGAAUGUGAAAUGUCAGAAUAAUAUUAGAGAAUUAUUUAUUUCUGCUUUUAUUUAUUCACAUUCCCAGUGGGUCAGAAGUUUACUUCACUCAAUUAGUAUUUGUUAGCAUUGCCUUUAAAUUGUUUAACUUGGGUCAAAUGUUUCAGGUAGCCUUCCACAAGCUUCCCACAAUAAGUUGGGUGAAUUUUGGCCCAUUCCUCCUGACAGAGCUGGUAUAACUAGGUUAGUAGAUCUCCUUGCUCGCACAUGCUUUUUCAGUUCUGCCCACAAAUUUUCUAUAGGCUUGAGGUCAGGACUUCAUCGUGGCCACUCCAAUACCUUGACUCUGUUAUCCUUAAGCUAUUUUGCCACAAAUUUGGAAGUAUGCUUGGGGUCAAUGUCCAUUUGCGACCAAGCUUUAACUUCGUGACUGAUGUCUUGAGAUGUUGCUUCAAUAUAUCCAUGUAAUUUUCCUGCCUCAUGAUGCCAUCUAUUUUGUGAAUUGCACCAGUCCCACCUACAGCAAAGCACCCCCACAACAUGAUGCUGAUGCCCCCGUGCUUCACGGUCGGGAUGGUGUUUUUCGGCUUGCAAGCCUCCCCCUUUUUCCUCCAAACAUAACGGUGGUCAUUAUGGCCAAACAGUUCUAUUUUUGUUUCAUCAGACCAGAGGACAUUCAUCCAAAAAGUACGAUCUUUGUCCCCAUGUGCAGUUGCAAACCAUAGUCUGGCUUUUUAUGGCAGUUUUGGAGCAGUGACUUUUUCCUUGCUGAGUGGCCUUUCAGGUAUAGGACUCGUUUUACUGUGGAUAUAGAUACUUUUGUACCUGUUUCCUCCAGCACCUUCACAAGGUCCUUUGCUGUUGUUCUGGGAUUGAUUUGCACUUUUCGCACCAAAGUACGUUCAUCUCUCGGAGACAGAAUGCGUCUCCUUCCUGAGCGGUAAUGAUGCCUGAGUGGUCAGAAGCUUCUAAAGCCAUGACAUCAUUUUCUGGAAUUUUCCUAUCUGUUUUAAUGGCAGUCAUGUAAACUUCUGACCCACUGGAAUUGUGAAAUAAUCUGUCUGUAAACAAUUGUUGGAAAAAUUACUUGUGUCAUGCACAAAUUAAUGUCCUAACAGACUUUCCAAAACUAUAGUUUGUUAACAAGAAAUUUGUGGAGUGGUUGAUAAAUUAUUUUUAAUGACUCUAACCUAAGUGUAUGUAAACUUCUGACUUCAACUGUAUGUAGAAGCACCUUUGGCUGCAACCUUUUUUAGGUAAGUCCAUAAGAGCUUUCCACCCCUAGAUUGUGCAACAUUUUCCCAUUUUAUUAUUUUAAAAAGUAUUCAAGCUCUGUCAAAUUGGUUGUUGAUCAUUGCUAGACAAUCAUUUUCAGGUCUUGAUAUAGAUUUUCAAGUAGAUUUAAGUCAACUGUAACUCGGCACAUUCACUGUCUUCUUGGUAAGCAACUCCAUUUGGCCUUGUGUUUUAAGUUAUUGCCCUGCUGAAAAGUGAAGUAAUCGCCCAGUGUCUGGUGGAAAGCAGAUUGAGACAGGUUUUCCUCAAGGAUUUUGCCUGUACUUGGCUCCAUUCCAUUAUUUUUUUUAUCUUGAAAACCUCCUCAGUCCUUAACGAUUACAAGCAUACCCAUAACAUGAGGCAGCCACCACCUAUUUAAAAUUACGGCCUACCCUGGACGACCAAAUCACGACCGGAUAUGAUACAGCCUGUAUUCAUUGCAAAAAUUGUAUUGCUUUACCACAUUUUUUGCAGUAUUACUUUAGUGCCUUGUUGCAAACAGGAAGCUAGUUUUUGAAUAUUUUUUUAUUCUUUACAGACUUCCCUCUUUUCACUCAGUCAAUUAUGUUAGUAUUGUGAAGUAAUUGUUGUUUAUCCAUCCUCAGUUUUCUCCUAUCACGGCCAUUACACUCUGUAAUUGUUUUCCUCUCCGGCAGCGGAGUUAGGAAGGACGCCUGUAUCUUUGUAGUGACAGGGUGUAUCGAUACACCAUCCAAAGUGAAUUAACAACUUCACCAUGCUUAAAGGGAUAUUCAGUGUCUGCUUUUUUUUUUUUUUUUGCCCAUCUAACAAUGGGUGCGAGCUAUUCUUUGCGAGGCAAUGGAAAACCUCCCUGGUCUUUAUGGGUGAAACUGUCUGAAAUUCACUGCUCGACUGAGGGACCUUACAGAUAAUUGAAUGUGUGGGUUACAGAGAUGAGGUAGUCAUAAAAAAAAAACUAUUGCACACAGUGACUGUGACUUGUUAAGCCAAUUUCUAUUCCUGAACUUAUUUAGGCUUACCAUAACAAAGCGGUUGAAUACUUAUUGACUCAAGACAUUUCAGCUUUUCAGUUGUAAUUAAUUUGGAGAAAUGUCUCAAAACAUAAUUUCACUUUGAAAUUGUGGGUAGGCCAGUGACACAAAAACGUCUCAAUUUAAUACAUUUUUAAAUUCAGGCGCUGUAACAUUUGGGAAGAAGUCAAGGGGUGUGAAUACUUUUCUGAAGGCACUGUAUGUUCUGGCCUCUUGUCUGUGAGGUGCAGUGAUAAAAGAUCCCCCUAUAUCCCUGCUCUUGCAUCCUUGUGUCUGUGUGUCUUGUCUGUGUUGUCCACUUUAAAGAACUGGGGCAGUGCCCUGCUUUGUUGGAUGCGUUGUUGGUGUGUUCUGAUGACUAUGUGCAGUAUGAUGCAGAUCCCUGUGGGGUCUAUUAAAAGCAAGACUGCUGUCCGGUGAUAUGGAUAAGAAGUAGAAAGAUGAUUAUUGUGGGGUGGUGGUGGGUAACUGGUAUUGGUGGUGGUGAUGAUUUAUAAUACCACUUUUAAUGAUUGUGUCGGGAUGUUGGUGGCUGUGCAACCAUCAUUGUGCGAACCCACACUGGUGUGCUUGUUGCCCGUGGGUCCUGAGAAAUGUUUUAAUGUACAAUUAAAGAGUGGUAAAAAACCAA